AUGCAGAUGUUAGCGUCUAUCCUGCUGCUCAGUCUGGCCCUUUGCUGCUAUGAGGCUGAUGCAGUGGCCUGUCCAACCUUUAUAGCUGAAAGUACAGCCAACCUGCUAGCUCCUGAAUCUGUGUUCAGGGCAUCACUCUCCAAAUACAGAGCACCUCCAGAAGCUGUGGAGGCGAAGCUGCAAGUUAAGAGAUGCACAGACAAGAUGAGCCUUGAUAAAAGAGUACUAUUUGGGAAAGUGCUGGCAGAAGUUGUUUUGCGGACGUGUACCUUGUAA